AUGGGUUGGAAGGAAAUUGAACCUAUUGAAUCAUCAGUAAAAGCCUUAAACAGUAGUACUAUUGACUCAUCUUCAACUACUACCAGUUCAAGCACAAGAGUUCAUUCUGGCAUUGCUCUUCCUGUAUCUGCUUACAAUCCAUUAAGCUAUCGUGCAUAUAAAUCUACUAGUGAAUCAUUUUCGCUCAUUCAGCAUAUCAAGUCGAAAGUUCGUCAUACAAUAAAACAUAAUUUUGCGUGUGAUAAUUUACUCUUGCAGCUGUCAUCUGACGAAAGUAAAAAAUUGAAAGAAAUAGCUUCAAAAUCUACUUCUCUCUCUUCUCGGUGGGCGUCUGAUGUAAAAGAAGAAAAAUCAGAUUCUGAAAAAAGCUAUAGAAUCAGAUUGCAGUAUUUGACUGAUCUUUUGAAACAUCUUGAUGAUAUUACUGCUAACACUUUAUCAGCAACUAAUUCUGGAACAGCAAGUAAGCCACCAAUAAAGACAUACAGCCGAGCUUCAAAACAAUUAUCAGAAGCUGUGGUAUCAAAGCCAAUUAAUUGUGCUUCUAAUACUUCGGAUGAAAAUUGUGAUUUGAAUCAAACACAUCAAAAACCAGCUGUCAUGGAUGAUUAUGAGGUAUUCUGUGAAAAGGAAUCUAAUCUAAGAAAAUUGCUAGAUGCGUUCCCAGGAGCUGAUAUAAUGGAGGCACAAGAUAUUUUAGUGGAUUGUCAAUGGGACUUGGAGAAAGCUAUGGCAACUGCACGAAUAAAACCAUUGCGUACAACGAAAAAGAGAUCUCUUUCUAAUGCUCAAAUGGACUCUGUAAAUUCUCCAAAAAAUGAAAAUGAUGCAAACCCUACCCCUCAUUCAGGGCAUGGCAAAAAUGCUGAGGAAAUAGUAUUGGACAGUAGUGAUGAAGAAAAUGAAAAAUUCAGUAACGUUUUCAGUGCUUCAAAGAAUGAUUCAGGUCUUGAAAAGCAAGGAAUGAGACGCAAAAGGCAGAGGUUACUUUCAUCUGACAGUGAAGAUGAAAUUAUGUCGAAUCAUAGCUCUUCUAAUGUAUCAGACUCUCAGAGUAGCAGUACACAAAAUGUCUUGCCAAAAUCAGUUUCAGCUGCACAAUCAAAUAUUAAGAAUCAGAAUUCAGACUCUAGUGCUCAAAAAUCAAUUCAAUUACAACAGCCCAAUGCUCAAAAAUCAAUGCAAUCUCAGCAGCCAAAUCUUCAAAAACUAGUGCAAUCUCAGCAGCAUGGCGCAACUUCUACUAAACCAAAUUCAAAUACUUCUGUCCCUGAAAAAAGUAUUCCCUCUUCUCUUUCGAUAUCAAUCAAGCCUUCACAAAGUGCGAAUUCAGGCAAAGAUAGAUCACCUGAGUCUGAGUCGCCAGAAAGUUUGUUGAAUUUGCCCAAAUGGCUGGUUGUCAGCAAAGUUCCGGCUUCCAAUUCAUCUGAUAGACCGCAGAAUGAAACCAAAUCAUCUAAAAUGUCUUCAAAUGGAAACAUAAAAAAUGACACAGAUUUGAAAUCUGAGGUAUCAAAUGUUUCUUCUCAAGGCAAUGUUAAUUCCAGAGGAAAAAUGUCUGCUCAUGUAGUUCGAAUUACAACAAAUAAUUCCCUUAGUGUCACUGCAACUGAUAAAAGUAAAAAAUCAGGAAUUGCGAUUAAUGACUCACCAAAUAGUACAUUAAAUGUACCGACUAAAAAUCAUCACUCUAUUAAUAGUAAUUCAGUAAGUAUUACACCCGUAAGCAAAUCAUUGACUGUCACUCCAGUUUCAACAAAUAUGUCGCAUGUGCAGCAUUUAGACAAACCUUCUAAAGGUUUAUCAAAUAAAUCUAUCAUAAAAUCAAAAGAUAUGUCACAUAAAAGUUCAAAUUCAAAGGCUAAGCAUAGGAAAGUCGAAUCAGAAGAAGAUGAUGAAGAGUAUGGAAACGAGGAUUUUUAUGAUAGUGAAGACAGUGAUUGUGAAGAAAAUUUGACAGCUGUUCAUAGUAAUGUACUGAAAUUUUUUCAAGAAGCAUCUGUUGAAGAGCUCUCUGGAAUACCUGGAUGCAGUAAAAAGAAAGUCGAAGCCAUUGUUAAUGCUCGCCCAUUCAACAAAUGGGCCGAUUUAGUUGAAAAAUUACGCAAUGACAAGAAUUUAUCUACUGAUAUGCUAAAUGGAGCCAAAAAGGUUUUAGAUAUGAGAGCCACUAUUACAAAAUUAAUGACAAAAUGUCAACAGCUUUCUGUCGAUAUGGAGGAUUUAGUUGAAAAUUUAAAAGAAAACAAAGAAUCAUCUACAGAUUAUGUCGGAAAACAACCAGAUCUUUUAAACAACAGAAUGCAUUUGACAGCAUAUCAACUUCUUGGUCUGAACUGGUUACUACUAUUGCAUAACCAAGAAGUUAAUGGUAUUCUAGCUGAUGAAAUGGGACUGGGUAAAACAGUACAAGCUAUUGCUUUCUUAGCUUAUUUAAAAGAAAUUGAAUCUGCUGUUUAUCCUCAUCUAAUAGUUGUACCAUCUUCAACUUUAGACAAUUGGAAAAAAGAACUUGAAACAUGGUGGCCUGAUGUUUCUGUAAUUUGUUACCAUGGGUCUCAGGACAAUAGACGUGAACUUAGGAUGCAAAUUAUGGAUGAGGAAAUUGAAGAUUUUGAUGUAAUGAUUACCACGUAUAACAUGGUAACAAGUAGCGCUGAAGACAGAAACUUCUUUAAAAAUUUACAAUUUCAUUAUGUGGUAUUCGAUGAAGCUCAUAUGCUAAAAAACAUGUCUUCCCAACGAUAUCAGAAUUUGAUGCGAAUUAAAGCACCAAGACGAUUAUUAUUGACUGGUACGCCUUUGCAAAACAACCUAGUAGAAUUAAUGUCAUUGCUAAUAUUUGCAAUGCCUCACAUGUUUUCUGGCAAGAUAGAGCAGAUCAAGCAAAUGUUUUCUUGUGUGUCGAGAUCUGAUGGUAACAAAAGCAGAUAUGAAAAGGACAGAAUUGAUCAUGCCAAAAAGAUAAUGAAACCCUUUGUGCUUCGCCGAUUAAAGAAGGAUGUAUUAAAAGAACUGCCACAAAAGAUUGAUGAAACCCGAAGAUGUUCUAUGACUGAAGAUCAGAGUGAAAAAUACAAGCAGUUAGUGGCAACAUUUUCUGCUGAGGUUGAGAGUGACCAGGAGCGAACUGGGUCUUCCAGUGGAGCUGGAAUGAUGAUGCAGUUGCGAAAGGCAGCUAAUCAUCCAUUGCUUCUUAGACACAUAUAUGAUGAUGACAAGUUGAAGAAGAUGUCAAAGUUAAUGCUAAAUGAACCAACUCAUUUUCAGGCAGAUCCCAAUUUAGUGUUUGAAGACAUGGGUGUAAUGUCUGAUUUCGAGCUGCACAAGCUAUGCAAAUCUUUUAAGUCUCUGGCACCAUUCAUUCUUCCAGAUGAAGUUAUCCUUAAUUCUGGAAAGUUUAAAGUUCUGGAUUCACUUUUGCCUAACUUGAUAGAGCAGGAUCAUCGGAUACUUCUUUUUAGUCAAUUCACAAUGGUUUUGGACAUAGUUGAAGGAUAUAUGAAUAUAAAGGGAUACAAGUUCUUAAGGCUUGAUGGUCAAGUACCAGUCCCAGAAAGACAGCAGUUGAUUGAUGAUUUCAAUAGUGACCCAGAAAUUUCAGUGUUUCUGUUGUCUACCAGAGCUGGUGGUCUCGGAAUAAAUUUAACUUCAGCUGAUACUGUGAUUUUACAUGACAUUGAUUUUAAUCCAUAUAAUGAUAAGCAAGCUGAAGAUCGCUGCCAUAGAGUUGGCCAGAUAAGGGAUGUUACUGUGAUUAGACUUAUUAGUGAAAAUACCAUUGAAGAAGGUAUUCUUCAGAGAGCAACUGAGAAACUCAAGUUGGAAAGAGACAUUCAUGAUCAAGAUGACACAGAAGAAAGUGAUAGUGCAAGUGUAGCAAUGCUUUUGAGGGAUGCAUUAGGUUUGAAAUCCAAGAGUUGAUCUGCUGAAUUUAUCCUGACAACUUGAGCCAACUGAAUUGAAAUUUCAGACAUUUGUUUAUCCAGCAACAAUGACUGUCGGACCAAAGUUAAAUAUUUUUGUGUACUUUGAGAAACUUCUAGCGUGCAUCUCAAAUUUGGAGACUAUGUUAAAAUUUAUAGAAGCUUAUAAAUUUGCAUUUAAAAAAUACAUAUUUAAGACGGAAAUAAGAAACUUGAGUUUCAUUUUCUUUUGUUAUUUAUUUUGAUGUAAUAUUUGUAUUGCUUUUAUACAAAUAUUUUAACUAAGCUUUCUACAGCACAACAAGGUUUAUUUACAAUUUUUUAAUAAAGUACCUAAAAAGUUAACCUUUUUUUUCUCUCUGAAGGUAAAACAGCUACUUGUAUUUUAAAUGUUUAUAGACCAAAUUAUGACAUGUUUAAUUCAAUUCAUUUAAUCAACUUGUCACAACAAGUAAAUUUCAUCUAUGUACAUUGUAAAAUAUGAUGUUAUUGUACAUAGUAUUGCUUAAAAAUUGUACAAUUUCAAGAAAUGUAUUCAAAUCUGUAAGAUUGCUCCAUUACUGUAUUUUAUUAUUCUGAUUUUACAAUAUUUG